ACACUGACUGGCAAGGAGAUAGAAAUAGACAUUGAGCCUACAGAUAAGGUGGAGCGGAUCAAGGAGAGGGUGGAAGAGAAGGAAGGCAUCCCACCACCACAACAGCGGCUAAUCUUUUCUGGCAAACAAAUGAACGAUGAGAAGACGGCAGCGGACUAUAAAGUGCAAGGCGGGUCUGUGCUGCAUCUCGUGCUGGCGCUGCGUGGCGGCGACAGAUAGACAACAAUACUCUUAAUUAGAUAUCUCUUUAGUCUUAUUCAUACCUUCUCUUCACCAAUCUUAUAAUGGACAUCUCUCAUAACACUAUAUAAUGGGCGUCUAUAAUGAACAUUGUUAGGGUUAUUCCUAUUGAUACCUUCUCUUCACCAAUCUUAUAAUGGACAUUGUUAGGGUUAUUCCUAUUGAUACCUUCUCUUCACCAAUCUUAUAAUGGACACCUAUAAUAAACAUUGUUAGGGUUGUUCCUAUUGAUACCUUCUAUUCACCAAUCUUAUAAUGGACAUCUAU